AUGCAGUUUUGGGCCUUAGCAAGCAAUGAUAGGUUUGUAAACUUCAUGAAGAGCAUAGGCAGCCACUCUUUUGCAACGGUUUUAUACGGCGUUUUUAAUAUUAUGAGAGAAAAAAGAGGAAAUACCGAGCAAGCUUUAAGGAGUUUUAAAGAUCAAGCUAACCAAGAAUUUCCGUUCGUAAUCUCUAUAUAGCUUGAUUCAUUAGGCCAGCAAGACUCAAAAGAGUUUUUAGUCUACCUAUUAUCAAAAUUAUGCCUUUUUAUAUUAUUCUCUAGUUUUUUGCAAUAGUAAAUUAAUGAUUCCUAACGAUUGCAGAUGAAAUAAAUGUAAAUAUAUUAUAAAAAGAUAUAGAAGAGCUUUCCAGCGUUAUUUUGUCAAAUAUCACUCUGAUUCAAGAGUUUCUAUGCAUGACGUGUAGAAAGUCCUACCAAAAUCAAGAAAAUCAAAGCUUUUUAUGAUUCCAAAUAAUAAAACAAAUCAAAUCAGUACAUUUAAAAGAGUUAAAAGCAAAGGUACAGUACUUUAGAGGAGAUAAUAUGCUUUACUGUCAAUUUUGUGAUUCUCCGAGGAACAUGAGUAUUGCGAUUAAGAAAGUUGUAUGCUCUAAAAUGCUAAUUUUUUAUCUGCCAGCUAAUACAAAUUUUUCUAAUACCAAAAUUGAGGAAAAAUUGAAGGUAGAAGAUUAUGAAUUCAGUCUGUAUGGUGUUAUAUGCUACUAUGUUCUGGAAAUAGUGAGCAUUAUACAUCUUAUAUAUUGUAUUUGAUUAAUUUUGAACAAAUAUAAUGUAGUAAAGAGGUUUAUCAGUGGCUUUUUUAGAAAUUAUCAUUUUAGGAUUAUGACAGCUUAAUUCAGUGAAUUAUACUAAAGAUGGGAACGUUUGGAAAUUAUAUAACGACUCAUCAGUAA